CACCUCCUCACCCACAAUCCCGUCGAGUUCCUCAGCUUCUCCAUUCUUGGCUCUUUUGAGGAUAACCAGCCAUGUCUCGUCAGUCUGUCUGCAGGAGCUUUGGAGGGGGGAGCAGAAGGGGCUUUAGCUCCUGCUCUGCAAUCGGUGGUGGCUUUGGAGGCGGCAGCCGGAGCAGGAGCAGCUACAGCUCGUACUCCGUGUCCAGGGGGUUCGGAGGUGGAGGACGGUGCGGGGGCUUCGGCAGCCGGAGCCUGCACAGCAUGGGGGGCAGCGCCAGGAUGUCCAUGGGCGGGUGCUACGGUGGCGGGUACGGCAGCAGGAUGGGCGGCUUUGGCGGGAGCUAUGGGGGUCUUGGCAGUUUUGGGGGCGGAAUGGGUGGAGGAGGAGGAGGAAUGUGUGGCUUUGGAGGAAUGGGUGGAGGUGGAAUGGGGGGUGGAGGAGGAAUGGGUGGCUUUGGUGGUGGGAUGGGUGGCUUUGGUGGCGGGAUGGGUGGUGGAGGAAUGGGUGGCUUUGGUGGCCCAGGCUUUGGCAUGGGUGGCCCUGGGAGAGGUGGCCCUGGGAUCCAGCCAGUGCAGAUUGACACAACCCUCCUGCGUCCGGUCCAUGUGGAGAUUGAUCCCCAGAUCCAGCAAGUCAAAAACCAGGAGAAGGAGCAGAUCAAGACCCUGAACAACCAGUUUGCCUCCUUCAUCGACAAGGUCCGAUUCCUGGAGCAGCAGAACAAGGUGCUCUCCACCAAGUGGGAGCUGCUCCAGCAGCAAGGGCCGUCAGGGCCGAGGAAGAACCUGGAUGUGAUCUUUGAGAAUUACAUCCAGAACCUGCGGAGGCAGCUGGAAUCAAUCCUGGCACAGCGGGGCCAGCUGGAAUCGGAGCUGCAGAACAUGCAGCAGUACGUCGAGGAUUACAAAACCAAGUAUGAGGAGGAGAUCAACCGGCGCACGACAGCCGAGAAUGAGUUCGUGGUGCUGAAGAAGGACGUGGACAGUGCCUACAUGACCAAAGUCGAGCUGGAAGCCAAGGUGGGAGCUCUGACAGAUGAAAUCAACUUCCUGAGGUGCAUCUACGAGGAGGAGCUGUCUCAGAUGCAGACGAUCAGCCGGGACCUGUCCGUGGUGGUGUCCAUGGACAACAACCGGCACCUGGACCUGGACAGCAUCAUCGAGGAGGUUCGGCGCCAGUACGAGCAGAUCGCCCAGAGCAGCCGGGCUGAGGCUGAGGCCUGGUACCAGAGCCAGUACGAGCAGCUCCAGAGCACGGCCGGCCGGCACGGGGACAACCUCCGCAACACCAAGAUUGAGAUCCAGGAGCUGACCAGGAACAUCCAGAGGCUGCGGGCUGAGAUUGAGAACGUGAAGAAGCAGAACCAGCAGCUGCAGGCAGCCAUUGCUGAGGCUGAGGAGAGGGGAGAGAUGGCUCUCAAAGAUGCCAGGUUGAAGCUGGAAGAGCUGGAGAGUGCCCUGCAGAAGGACAAGGAGGAACUGGCUCGCCUGCUGAAGGAGUACCAGGAGCUGCUGAAUGUCAAGAUUGCACUGGAUGUUGAGAUUGCCAUGUACAGGAAGCUGCUGGAGGGGGAGGAGAACAGGCUGUGCAACGAUGGCAUGUCCAACGUCAAUGUCUCUGUGGUGGGCAGGACGACUGUCUCUGGAGUCAGAGGAGGCAUGGGAGGCGGAUUCGGAGGCAGCGGCAUGGGAGGAGGAUUCGGAGGCGGAAUGGGAAUGGGUGGCUUUGGUGGUGGAAUGGGUGGUGGAAUGGGUGGUGGGGCAGGAAUGGGUGGCUUUGGUGGUGGAAUGAGCAGUGGGGGAAUGGGUGGAAUGGGUGGCUUUGGUGGUCCAGGCUUCCCUGGAGGCAUCCAGCCAGUGCAAGUUGACCCCAGCCUCCUGCGUCCGGUCCACGUUGAGAUUGAUCCCCAGAUCCAGCAAGUCAAAAACCAGGAGAAGGAGCAGAUCAAGACCCUGAACAACCAGUUUGCCUCCUUCAUCGACAAGGUCCGAUUCCUGGAGCAGCAGAACAAGGUGCUCUCCACCAAGUGGGAGCUGCUCCAGCAGCAAGGGCCAUCAGGGCCGAGGAAGAACCUGGAUGUGAUCUUUGAGAAUUACAUCCAGAACCUGCGGAGGCAGCUGGAAUCAAUCCUGGCACAGCGGGGCCAGCUGGAAUCGGAGCUGCAGAACAUGAGGCAGUACGUGGAGGAGUUCAAAACCAAGUAUGAGGAGGAGAUCAACCGUCGCACGGCUGCUGAGAACGAGUUUGUGGUGCUGAAGAAGGAUGUGGACUGUGCCUACAUGACCAAAGUCGAGCUGGAAGCCAAGGUGGGAGCUCUGACAGAUGAAAUCAACUUCCUGAGGUGCAUCUACGAGGAGGAGCUGUCUCAGAUGCAGACGAUCAGCCGGGACCUGUCCGUGGUGGUGUCCAUGGACAACAACCGGCACCUGGACCUGGACAGCAUCAUCGAGGAGGUUCGGCGCCAGUACGAGCAGAUCGCCCAGAGCAGCCGGGCUGAGGCUGAGGCCUGGUACCAGAGCCGGUAUGAAGAACUCCAGAACACUGCUGGGAAACACGGGGACAGCCUCCGCAACACCAAGAUUGAGAUCCAGGAGUUGUCCAGGAAUGUCCAGAGGCUGCGGGCUGAGAUUGAGAAUGUGAAGAAGCAGAACCAGCAGCUGCAGUCAGCCAUCGCUGAGGCUGAGGAGAGGGGGGAGAUGGCCAUCAAGGAUGCCAGGAGGAAGCUGGAGGAGCUGGAAUGUGCCCUGGGCAAGGAUAAGGAGGAGCUGGCUCGCCUGCUGAAGGAGUACCAGGAGCUGCUGAACACCAAAAUUGCACUGGAUGUUGAGAUUGCCAUGUACAGGAAGCUGCUGGAGGGGGAGGAGAACAGGCUGUGCAACGACAGCAUGUCCAACGUCAAUGUCUCUGUGGUGGGCAGGACGACUGUCUCUGGAGUCAGAGGAGGCAUGGGAGGCGGAUUCGGAGGCAGCGGCAUGGGAGGAGGAUUCGGAGGCGGCAGCUGUGGAAUGGGAGGAGGAUUCGCAGGCGGCAGCGGCAUGGGAGGAGGAAUGGGAGGAGGCGGCAUCUGCGGAGGAGGCAGCAGCUUUGGAGGAGGCAGCAUGGGCGGCAGCUGUGGGAUGGGGGGAGGAAUGUACGGCGGCGGCUUCUCCUCUGGAAGCGGAAGGAUGUGCGGCUCUGGCGGGGGAUCCUCCUCCGUGCGGAGAUGUGUCACCACCACCUCGGUCAAAUCUUCGGGAGUGAGAGAAGCAGUCAUGUCUCGUCAGUCUGUCUGCAGGAGCUUCGGAGUUGGGAGCAAAAGGGGAUUCAGCUCCUGCUCUGCUGUUGGUGGUGGCUUUGGAGGCGGCAGCCGGAGCAGGAUCAGCUACAGCUCGUUCUCCACAUCCAGGGGGAUUGGAGGUGGCAGUGGACGCUGUGGAGGAUUCAGCAGCCGGAGCCUCCACAACCUGGGGGGCAGCACAAGGAUUUCCAUGGGCAGCUCUUAUGGCAGUGGCUACGGAUGUAGAAUUGGUGGCUUUGGUGGAGGAUUUCCAGGAGGAUUUGGUGGCAUUGGAGGAGGUGUAAUUGGUGGAGGAAUGGGAUGCUUUGGUGGCCCCAUCAGAGGUGGCCCUGGGUUCCCUGGAGGCAUCCAACCGGUGCAGGUGGACCCAACCCUCCUGCGGCCAGUCCACGUUGACAUUGACCCUCAGAUCCAGCAAGUGAAGUGCCAGGAGAAGGAGCAGAUCAAGACUCUGAACAACCAGUUUGCCUCCUUCAUUGACAAGGUCCGAUUCCUGGAGCAGCAGAACAAGGUGCUCUCCACCAAGUGGGAGCUGCUCCAGCAGCAAGGGCCGUCAGGGCCAAGGAAAAACCUGGAUGUGAUCUUUGAGAAUUACAUCCAGAACCUGCGGAGGAGACUGGAGUCUCUGCUGGGGCAGCGGGGCCAGCUGGAAUCCGAGCUGCAGAACAUGAGGCAGUACGUGGAGGAGUUCAAAACCAAGUAUGAGGAGGAGAUCAACCGUCGCACGGCUGCUGAGAACGAGUUUGUGGUGCUGAAGAAGGAUGUGGACUGUGCCUACAUGACCAAAGUCGAGCUGGAAGCCAAGGUGGGAGCUCUGACAGAUGAAAUCAACUUCCUGAGGUGCAUCUACGAGGAGGAGCUGUCUCAGAUGCAGACGAUCAGCCGGGACCUGUCCGUGGUGGUGUCCAUGGACAACAACCGGCACCUGGACCUGGACAGCAUCAUCGAGGAGGUUCGGCGCCAGUACGAGCAGAUCGCCCAGAGCAGCCGGGCUGAGGCUGAGGCCUGGUACCAGAGCCGGUAUGAAGAGCUCCAGAGCACGGCUGGCCGGCAUGGGGACAGCCUCCGCAACACCAAGAUUGAGAUCCAGGAGUUGUCCAGGAAUGUCCAGAGGCUGCGGGCUGAGAUCGAGAAUGUGAAGAAGCAGAACCAGCAGCUGCAGUCAGCCAUCGCUGAGGCUGAGGAGAGGGGGGAGAUGGCCAUCAAGGAUGCCAGGAGGAAGCUGGAGGAGCUGGAAUGUGCCCUGAGCAAGGAUAAGGAGGAGCUGGCUCGCCUGCUGAAGGAGUACCAGGAGCUGCUGAACAUCAAGAUUGCACUGGACGUUGAGAUUGCCAUGUACAGGAAGCUGCUGGAAGGGGAGGAGAACAGGCUCUGCUUAGAGAACCCCUCCAACGUGAAUGUCUCUGUGGUGGGCAGAACCACCGUGUGCGGAGGCAGAUCUGGCAGCUUUGGAGCCAGCAAUGGCCUGGGUGGAGGAGUGUGCACGGUUGGCGGUGGAGUGUGCACGGUUGGUGGCGGGAACAUCAUUAGUGGCAGCUGUGGUGUGGGAGGAGGGAUCCUCAGUGGUGGCUUCUCCUCUGGGAGCGGGAGGAUGUGCAGCACUGCAGGUGGCAACUUCAUGGCUGGCGGGGGCUCCUCCUCUGUGCGGCGAUGCGUCACCACCACAACGGUCAAAUCCUCUGGAGUCAAAUACUGA